GGGGUCCCGGGUUUUCUAACCUGUCCUCCAGACAGAGAUCAGGAUCGGAACGUGGAGGAGUGACGAACUGGAGCUUCGAGAGCCCCACAUACCAAGAGCUGAAAUCCGAGAUCACGGAGAUCCCCGCCUCCAAACUGAUCCCAGAGGGCGGCUCCAGCGCCGACAGCUCAGCCCCCGGGGCACAGGGCUCAGAUUGUGGGGCGCUGGAGUCAGUAGGAGAACCAGUUACAUUCCGUAAAGCCGACACAUUUGCUGGCAGAUAUGGAGUUUGGAUGAAGGAUCCUGAACCUGUACCACCUCAUACUCAUGACUCCACCUGGAGGAUCAACGCUGUUGGAACUGAAGUACGCCAGCUUUUUGAGUAUAAUGACCUGGAUCAGUUCAUGAAGGGCUACCCUAGUAAAGUUUAUGUACUACCAGAAUUAGUAGAAAGCACAGGAGGGACCAUCUACAGAGGGUCCUUGUAUUACCAGAAGCGCAAGUCACGAGUCUUGCUGAGGUACGAGAUGAAAACGGAGACCAUUGUUGCCCAGAAGGAGCUAUCCAACGCAGGAUUCCGAGGAGUAUUCCCUUAUUCGUGGGGUGGUUACACAGACAUUGAUUUUGCUGUGGAUGAGCAGGGACUUUGGGUGAUCUACAGCACCAAUCAGGCUCAAGGGGCCAUUGUGAUCUCCAAACUGGACCCCCGCACUCUGGAAAUCGAGAGAACCUGGACCACCAGUAUCCGCAAGAAAUCAGUUGCCAAUUCCUUCAUGAUAUGUGGGACUCUCUACACAUUGAGCAGCUAUUCUAUACAAAAUGCUUUCAUCAAUUUUGCCUACAAUACUAAUACAAACAGCAGCAUGGUACUGAAAAUCCCAUUUGAGAAUCGCUACCGGUACAACAGUAUGACAGAUUACUAUCCAGCAGAGAAAAAGAUCUUUGCCUGGGACAAUUUCAAUAUGGUUAUGUACGACAUUAGGCUUUCCAAAAUAUGAAGGGCUAAAGGCCACUUCGCUCAUGGACAGCAAGUGCUUUAGUUUCUUUAGAAAAAUUAAACAUUACUGAUAGUUAUAACAGCAGUAUUUUGUGGACUAAUUCCAGUACAACUGGAGAUGACCAGCUUUAAUCAGCAGUUGAAGUGAGCAUUUUGGGGAGCAAUAUAAAUGAUGGAUGCAUUUGACUAUUCUUGGAAAUUUUAUAUUGCAAUUAUGUAAAAUGCAUACUGUAAUACAGUAGAAGACUAAUUAUGUUCUCUGGCUUGUAAAAUCGACUAGUCAUUAUAAACAGAUACAUUUAAUAGGAACUGAACAUUUUGCAACUUUUAGAUUUCCAUCCAGACAUUUAAUGUGGCCGGCCAAGUGCAGAAUCAUGAAACUGAUUGCUUCAGUUAAUGAGCUGGAAAUUGUUUUUAAAUGAUUUAAUACGACCACAUUUUUCAGCAAUAAAGUCCUGAGCUUUUAAAAUUUGAUACCAACUUAGAAGCAAAACACACCCAAACGAACAAUAACUAGUAUGUCACAGCAAUCUGCAGAGAACGGUCAUCUAAAUACGAACCUCAGCUUUGUAAUGCCACUCCCAAAUAUGGAACUUUACACUGUAAAGAGAAUUACUAAAACAUUUCUAGUUAGAUAUAAAACAGACAAUAACCAAGACAAUUGUGCAUUUUUUUUAUAUAUACUGCACCACUCAUAUUUUCUAUCAAUAUCAGUUUUGCGAGCUGGGCUAAUUACACGUUUGGAGUGAGAUAAAACAGGUUUCAUCCUCAAUUUAACAGCUGUCCGAGAAUGAAUAGCUGCACCUUGUACCUAAUGCAUUUUCAGCUUUCAAAGUACUAGCACUGAAUUUUCUAUUUACCUUUGUAAAAUAAAGCCGUUGAACAUGG